GUCUCUCUGGUUUCUGCACUCAACAACCUGCAGAGGGCUCAACAACAACAAAGCAGAGAGGGUGUGACGGGACCUUGCUGCGAACCAUACAGCAUUAGGAACAAAGGUCAACAACACCAUGAAGAGGUGGAUAAAGCUAAUGUCACUUCAAAACGGCGGCCCAAUAUGGGAGGGAAAUAAAUUAUGGCCCUAAUAAUCAUCAACAUUGUUCUUACACCAAAUUAUUACAUCAAUAAAGGUGUCGUUUGGUGUAGGCUAUUUUUGUUGGGGGUCUUCUUCACUUCAUACCUCAAGGGGUCAAAUCCCUCAGGUCUGAAUAGUCUUAUCUGAUCUAUGCUUUGAUUGGUUGGUAUUCCAGUACCUUGGCAGAUGCCUACUGCAGAUUUAGCCGAGGAUUAGGCAGUGUCACCAAGGCUGUGGCACAGGAAUAUCCUCAGAGCCCUUCCUGAUUCUUGGAUGUAAUGGUGAGAAAACAACUCACGCGUGGACAGCGUGUCCUGCCCCCCAUGUCAAGUCAAGAUACAGGUGACGAGAUGCCGGUCCCUAAAAGCAAGAGGAAGAAGUCGAAGAGUCAGGUGGAUGGUGUAGAAAGCCCAGAGGCAGACCCAGGGAUGGAGAUGGCCCAGAUGGGGGGUCUGAGCAGUCGCAGGUCAUCUGAGGUCAUCCAGGCCUUGACCCCCGAGUCGCAGGAAGCUGCACCACAGAGAAGGAAGAAGAAGAAAAAGGCAGCGACCGUAGACCUGGAGGAUGACCAGGCUGACCUGGUGAACGGGGAUGGACUGGUCCAGAACACAGCCGAGGCAGGGGAAGAAGUGACCAAAAAACCCAAGAGGAAGAAGAAGUCUAAAGUGUCAGAGACGCAGUACGUCAACGAGCUUGAUGUAGAGGACGAUGACAUCAUCACAGACGCUCAGCCACCCAUCCCCCAGCAUUCCCUGUUCUCUGCUCCCCUGGGACAGAGCCAGCCUGUGGGGAAGGUGUUUGUAGAGAGGAGCAAGAGGUUUCAAGCGGCCGAUCGGUCAGACAGACCGAAGUCCAGCGAUCAGGUGGACAACGUCAUGGACAUCCAGCAGAUGUGGACCACCAAGGAUGUGUCUGUUAGGGUCCAUAGUGGCUUCAGGGGGAUUGGGCUGUUCUGCCACGGCUUCCUAGCAGGCUAUGCAGUGUGGAACAUCAUAGUGAUCUAUGCCCUGGCAGGAAAACAUCUCACUACUCUGCCGAACCUACUGCAGCAGUACCACAGCCUGGCCUACCCUGCACAGUCUCUCUUCUACCUGCUACUGGCUAUAAGCACCGUGUCAGCCUUUGACAGGGUGAAUCUGGCCAAAGGCGCCAUGGCUAUGAGAGAGUUUGUUACCCUGGACCCAGUUGCUCUAGCCUCUUUCUUGUACUUCUCAGCUCUGGUCCUCUCUCUCAGCCAGCAGAUGACCAGUGACCGCAUAAACCUGUACCCCAGUGCUAACGAGACUUUAUGGCCUCCUGGGUCAGAGCAACAGAUCCUGAACCCGUGGAUCAUAGUGAACCUGGUGGUGGCUGUGCUGGUGGGAAUGGCCUGGAUCUUCAUCUCUGCCAGGCCUGAGAUGGACUACACCGAAGGGUUCCUAAUGGCUAUGGAGAUCGAGUCCUUGAGACCAGAGGAGAAAUCAGACAUGUCUACUUGAGGAAUAUUCUUUUCAAUUUUUGCUCGCACAUCUUUUUUUGUACUGUAUUUUAUCAGCCAACACACAUUGUACACGUUGUUUGUGGCAAUAAUCAGUUUAUUUUUGUAUGACCCAAAUGUGUGCUUGUUUUGUCAAAUGUAUUGAUUACCAUUGGAAAUAAUAAACAUGUUAUCCCACUGA